AUGCCUGAUGCUAUACCCACCGCAGCCAUUUAUGCGCAUCCGUGUAGCGAACUAGAAUGGAAACCAGAGCCGCCAAGUGAAAUCCGUUGGGCUCGCCGCUUUAAAGGGCCCAUUUACGCAGCCCUACUUAAAGAGUUCUAUCAGGAUGGUUGUUUUAAAGGAGCUUGUCAUUUUGAGUAUUUAGUAGAGCUGGAACAAAGUCUUAUCGAAAGCGAGCAUGAGAUACACUACGUUUACGAGAAUGGAAGCUUUCUAUUUCAAUUGGUCGAUAAUGCGAAGGCAGCCGAACAAGUUUUCUAUUUGGAUCGAAUUCGCGGCUUAUAUGUUUCAAGGAAGAUACUCUAUCAGCUGAUAGGGCUGGUAGAAAAGCAACAAUUUCAUUGGUUGACACAAAAACUAUAUGAAAUAAUAGCCGAAUACAUGCUCAAGCCUAAAACCCAUGAUGGCUCAGCGCAGGAGCAAUCCGCGAGAUUUAUUUUCAAAUAUGCCAAAUUUCUGAUGCAACAAGGAAAACCGGAACAACUUCAGAAAGCCACAAUGCUUAUACCUACAGCCAUGGAAGCGGCAUGCAGCGAAGAAUGGCAGCCUGAUACCAGCCCUGAAAAUGAAUUAUUUUGCACUCUCCAUGCGGCCUUAGGCAACUUAUUGGCUAAAAUUUAUUUGAUCAAGGCAAAACAAGUAGAUAUUACACGAAAGCGUGCUAUUAAACGCGUACAGAAAGCGCUGAAGGCUAUCGCUCAAGUUGGUAUACAGGAAAAUAGAUGUACAGCCUUCAAAGCUUUUCUAACAAAAAUCGAGCUUCUUAUGGAAUCUGGCAGAUAUGAUUGGGCUUUGAAGGAACUACUUUUACUAGAAAAGAGUGUUAUGAAAGCGGAAGGAGCAGAGUUUAGAGAAUUUAAGUUGGAUUUCUUGAAAAAACUUGGUACGACCUUGUGUAGCCUUGGCAAUCCGAUUGAUGCAAUAGAAAUUUUUGGCAAGGCAUUGAAAUUUUGCAGAGUAAAUAACUUUCCCCAAGCGGAAGGUGAGCUUCUACUGCAAAUCGGCCAUGCGCAACGCCACUUACCCGGCAGUGAACUAAGAGCACUUUUGGCAUUUCAAUUGGCCGAAAGACGUUUUCAUUGUCAAGGUGAUAAAUCAAAGGAACUUUGUACUAUAUUCGUGAUGGCCGCCUUGAAGUCACAGCUCAUACUAUCUGACUUAACGAAACUUAUGAGUUCAAAGGCGUAUUGUGAUUAUUAUAAGCUGAGACGUUGGAAAAAUCUUUGUGAACCAUUUUGGGAAGUCGGAACGCAAACUGGGCAUAUAAAUCGAAAUAUUUUGAAAAACAUAUCAAUGUACACCUCAGAAAAUCUACACAAACUAUAUAAUCUCGUAUUAGAAACAUCUGAGAAGGACGACUGCGAAGAGAACGUUUAUUUGGAGCGUAUAAUUGUAGAAAAUUUAUAUAAGCCUGCUGUUUCUAUGGCCAACGCAGAAGUAGAGAUUGAAGAAGGGCCAGCAGGAGAAGAAGGCCUGUCUGAGUAUGAGUUUGA